AUGGCAAGAGGCACAGAUGUGGUGGCCAUGGACUGCGAGAUGGUGGGGCUGGGGCCCUGCAGGGAGAGCGGCUUGGCUCGCUGCAGCCUCGUGGACUACCACGGCACCGUGCUCUACGACAAGUUCAUCCGGCCUGAGGGUGAGAUCACCGACUACAGAACCCCCGUCAGCGGGAUCACGGCUCAGAACAUGGAGGAGGCCACCCCAUUUGCCGUGGCCAGGAUGGAGAUCCUGCAGCUCCUGAAAGGCAAGCUGGUGGUGGGUCACGACCUGAAGCAUGACUUCAAGGCGCUGAAGGAGAACAUGAGCAAUUACGCCGUCUACGACACGGCCGCGGAUAAGCUUCUUUGGCGUGAGGCCGGCCUGCUGUACUGCCGGCGUGUCUCUCUCCGCGUGCUGAGCCAGCGCCUCCUUGGGCGGUGCAUCCAGAACAGCGUGUCGGGACACAACUCGGUGGAAGACGCCAGGGCAACAAUGGAGCUCUACCGAAUCUCCAGGAGAAUUCGAGGACUAUGA